GCAUCAAAAUGUGACGUUUCUUUGUUCUCCUCAAGGAUGGAUCAAAUUCUGCGUCAGUACUGUGCAAUAUGUAAAGAAUCAAUUGUGAACAACGGGUUGGCUCUAACAUCUAAAGGGAUAGAUGGUAUAAACCGAGCUAGUAAAGAAAGAGGCGAUACAGUUGACGUCCGUGAAGGUGACAGCGUUCACAUAGCAUGUAGGAAACGAUACACAAAUCCAUCAUAUAUUUCUAAAUCGCUACGUCAGAAGGAAGAGCGUCAUCCCGUACCAAGAACCCUUCGCUCACAAAGUUCAGUUCAGUUCGAUUUCAGAAGAGAUUGCUUGUUUUGCGGAAAUGAAAUUAAUCAAGAACAAGAGCGCAAAAGGGGGCGUGUUGUUUGCACUGUUAGGACUAUGGACAUUCAAGACACCAUCUUGAAUGCUUGCAAAGUGAGAUGCGAUGACUGGGCCGAGUCCGUAAAAUCAAGGAUCCAAAGUGUGCAUGACCUACCGGCAGCUGACGCAAUGUAUCAUCAUCUAUGCCGUACAAACUUCAGGACAAAAAUGAGAAUUCCAGCGCCAUUUAAUGACCAACCACCGCUCAAAAAGCGCAAGUCAGGACGACCAAUCAACAACACUGCCAACGAUGCAUUUUAA